AGACGCUCGCUUUAUGGCGGAGCCACGUCCACAGCUGGCCGAGUUGUCUCGUGCCCUAGACUCUCUCUCCCAGGAGAAACUCCGCUACCUGUGCGUGGAGCUCGGAGUUCCUCCCGCCACUCUCAGCAACAUCGAUGCCAGUCAUCCGCGAGACGCCCUCCGAUGUAUCACUGAGUAUCUGGAGGCCUUACUGGCGUAUGAUGAAUCGUUGUCCUGGGAAAGAAUUGUGGAGGUUCUAAGUACAAGCAGACUCAGGCAAAAAACACUGGCUGUGAAUAUAAAGGAGCGUUACUGUCCGGGCCCGCUGCCCCAAUCGUAUAGUUCUCCCCAAUCUGUUUCAAGCUCAUGUGAUGAUGAGGUUUCUGGUACAAGUGGCUUUGAGUUUUCAACACCAUAUCCUACACCCACACCUCCACGACUGUAUGACAUUGAUUCACCCCCCCAAUUGAAGCCCGCCCUCUUGCCUGCAAAUGAUCUAUCACCUUCGGUAAAAUCAAAACCAAAUGCUGUCGGUCAGAAAUAUGCUAAGAAGAUAACUGGCUUAAAAACAAAAUUCCGCUCCAUUGUAAUUAGUUCAAACAGCUAUCUAUCACAGAUAAUGUCACGGACUGAUAUCGAACAUUUCAAGAUUGAUCUCACAACAUUGCCCAUGAUGGGAAAGACGCACCACUUUCUGAAGAAGAAAAGAAAAAAGAUUCGAAAAGCGAAGUCUGUUCAGAAGGUGUUCGAUAUACUUGAUCCGUAUUGGAACCAUGUUGACUAUGCUCUACUAGAACACAUCGUGGUGAACUAUUGUGACGACAGGAUCAAGAGGAAAAUGGAAAAAUAUAAGAAAAGGUUGCAUAAAUUUGAGAAAGCGACAUCAGUCAAGCAGUUUAUGUCAGUUGCAGCUAAAAGCCAUCCAGUUCCCAAGGGAUAUAGUACAAUGACUGCUACUCUGAAUAUGGAUGCUGAAGAAUGCUCACUGUAUCACGUCCGAGAAAUAAAAGAUUCAAUUGUUGAAAGAGCAAAUCUCGAGCCAUACGUCGCUCUCCUUCAAGACAUCCACGCCAGCUUUGUCGUUCUAACAAUCGCAUUCCCUGCAGCAGGUUGUCAACACGUGAAAAGUGCCUUGGACGUUGACUUCUUGCUAGGACUUGGAAUUUCACCUGACUCUGUUACGUUUGGUUCUGUGCCACGACAGCAGGUGUUUGUUUCAAGAUUAGCUUCUAUCAGAAAUCGUUUCAUUACGAGAGAACAGGUGCUGAAACCGGUCUCUAGUGGGCAGACUGUCUCAUCUAGUGAAUCUUCAAGUCACCACGAGUUCCAUCAUUUCCCGGAUGAUGAGGCGUCUUCCCUAAUGCCAGAUCCACCACAGAAUGUCAGAGAGGAGAUAACCUUCACCUUCGGUCACCACGAUCUAAAGUCAAAGUUCUGCGGUUCAAGGCCAGAUCUGAUGAGGGGAUAUUGUGAGGAGAUAGAGUCCCAGACCCAGAACCAGGAGGUCUCCAUUCAGUUCCAGUGGCAGCCCCACGGUCUGGAGUUCACUAUAGCUGGUCUGGAAGAGGGCGUGGCUACUGCACUACAACUGGUUCAGAAGGAAUUUAAGGUUUCAAUUUCAAGAAUCACAAAGGCCACCAUGAGCUCAUCAUUACAGUCAAUACCUGGUCCACAACCUACUCUAACACUGGAAGCCUUAAAACAACAUGAUGAGCUAAUGCAAACAGAUGUUCGCCAGUUCUGCUGUCCAUAUUGUGACUUAAGUUGGUGGAGAGUCAUUCCAGCCAACAAGCCAGUGUCCAGAUGUAAAAACUGCCACCUCAGAUUUGAUCCUCUCCCUCGAUCGUGUGAAUUUGGUGUAGGAUUUUUCACCUGUCCUAACACAGACUGCCAAAAUGUUUUUUACACUGACUGUAUGGGAGAUGCUCACAGAGAAUGUCCUGAUUGCUUCUCUAUUGUUGGUGGACCAUACAUCCAUCCCGAUAUUGAACCAAAACAAUAUUAUGGUCAAAUUUGGGCAAGUCAAUAUCAUAUUUCAACCGGAUCCACUUAUGACACAUGGCUCUCACAACCUUCUUCAUUCACUGGUGAUCCAUAUUUUUCCUCUUAUGGUGAACCCCCACCUUCUCCACCAUUGUCACCCCUGCAAACCCGUGCUUGCUCCAGUUCUCCAUUGCUGCGUUAUCCACGACACCCUUCUUCACUCGCUAAUAAUCCAUUUUCCUAUUAUGAUAAACCCUGGUGUUCUCUACCACAGUUACCCCGGCAAACCCGUACUUCAUUAAGUGUACAUUUUCCACGAUGCCCACCACAACCUUCUUCAAUCACUGGUGAUCCACUUUACUCUCCAGUUUCCUCUAGUGAUGAUUCACCUUCUUACUCAUCGUUACCCCUGCAAACACACCGCCAGUACAACCCUAGCUUAAGUUUGAGUCAGCAGGAUUUCGCUGACUACUCAGGGAGGGUCACAUGUUAUCGUGCCCACCCCAGCUCGUUACCUUACCAAUCGUUACCCCGGCAAGUUUCCUCUAGUGAUGAUUCAUAUUCUCACCCAUCGUUACCCCUGCAAACCCGUCGCCAGUACCACCCUAUUUUAAGUUUGAGUCAGCCGGAUUUUGCUGACUACUCAGGGAGAUUUACACGUUAUCGUGCCACCACCAGCUGUGGGUAUGCUAGUCAUGGAUCAACCAAUAGUAGCAUGGGCUCUUCUUGUCUUGCAAGAUAAAGAUGUAACAUACACUAAUUUUUGUAUGGAAAGUUAAAA